CUCGGCCCCGUCGCCUCAGUCUCAGCAGCAGCGCCCUCCGAAGUCACCACAGUAACAGUAGCCAACGUUGGUGCCUCCGCAGACAAUGUUUUCACUACAUCUGUGGCAAAUGCAGCUUCAAUUUCAGGACAUGUGCUGUCUGGGAGAACAGCCCUCCAAAUUGGGGACAGCUUGAAUACUGAAAAAGCCACUCUCAUAGUGGUUCACACAGACGGCAGCAUUGUAGAAACCACAGGGUUGAAGGGGUCAUCAGCACCACUCACGCCAGGACCGCAAUCUCCUCCUACCCCUUUAACAUCCGUCCAAGAAAAAACUGGAACCAAGUAUAACUGGGACCCGUCUGUCUAUGAGAACGAGCUCCCAGUGAGAUGCCGGAAUAUCAGUGGCAUUCUGUAUAAAAACAGACUCGGCUCAGGAGGCCGUGGUAGGUGCAUUAAGCAAGGAGACAACUGGUACAGUCCCACUGAAUUCGAAGCUAUGGCGGGACGAGCCAGCAGCAAAGACUGGAAGAGGAGCAUCCGCUACGCUGGGAGGCCACUGCAGUGCCUUAUUCAUGACGGGAUUUUAAAUCCUCAUGCUGCCUCUUGUACUUGUGCUGCCUGCUGUGACGACAUGACUCUGAGUGGCCCUGUACGACUCUUUGUACCAUAUAAAAGGCGAAAAAAAGAAAAUGAAAUGCCUGCAACUGCAGUGAAGAAGGACUGCCCCAAAAACAUCACUCUGCUUCCUGCCACAGCUGCUACUACAUUCACCGUGACUCCUUCUGGACAGAUCACUACUUCCGGUGCUCUGACAUUUGACCGUGCAUCGACAGUGGAAGCCACAGCAAUUAUCUCAGAAAGUCCAUCCCAGGGUGAUGUUUUCACUGGAGCCGCUGUUCAAGAUACCAACGUCCAGCAGCCUUGCCGGGUCAAUCACCCAGAGCCUCACUAUCCAAGUUACCAGGACAACUGUCAGAUUUCACCUUUUCCUGAAGCUGCACUGCCGACAUCUCAUCCCAAAAUUGUGUUAACCUCACUCCCUGCCCUGGCAGUGCCCCCUACGACCCCCACCAAAGCCAUAUGCCCUUCGGUGGUGAAUGGGCUAGAAGUGACGGAGCAGCGGAGCUGGCUCUACUUGGAAGAGAUGGUCAAUUCGUUGCUCAACACCGCCCAGCAGCUGAAGACUCUCAUCGAACAGGCCAAACAGGCCAGCUCCUCCUUCCGUGAGGCUGCUGUCACACAAGCAAAAAUUCAAGCUGAUGUGGAGAGGAAAGAGCAGUCCUGUGUCAACUGCGGUCGUGAGGCAACAAACGAGUGCACGGGAUGCCAUAAAGUCAACUACUGCUCCACUUUCUGCCAGCGGAAGGACUGGAAGGACCACCAGCACAUCUGCGGCCAGUCAGCCACAACAACGUGGUGCAGCCGGCUGGAUCGGCAACCUGGCGUGAAUGGUCUGUCCUUUACAAAUCACAUGCUUCUCACUAGCAAACUUGUUUUUGAAAGACUUUUGGAUACUGUGACAGGAUUUGCCUACUCCCAAUCCUUUUCCAAAAUUUUGAAUAAUACAGAGACUGUGAAAACCUCAUCUGGAAGAAAAACAACCCCACCUGACUGCAGCUGGGCAGCUGGAAGCCACCUCCAGCUUAAGGAAGCUUUGACUUUGCCAGACUGGAACCUCCACCAUGUGGAUUAG